CCAUCGUCUUCUUUAGUGUUUUCACCAUCUUCCACCUUCAACUUACCUAGACAGCUCCUUUCCACCUCUUUUCUCUCUAUCUUUUUCUCUUUUAUAUUCUCCGACAAAACAAAACACACAAAGAGACUCAGACAAGACUGUUCGAAACUAAAACAACAUACACACCAUCAUGGGUUCUUCCCCUUCUAAAACCACUUCUUCUUCUUCGUGUUGCUCGGCGUCAACUUCACCUCCCGUGACGAAACUCAUGAACUCCAAGGUCUCAUCGCCGUCGCCUACGACGGUUCCGAAAUCUUUCUCAUUUCCGAUGCCGUCGGUUCACCAUCCACCGGCUAAUAAAGGCGACUCGGACCACCUCGUCUCUCUCACAUCCACCACUUACGGUUCUCUUCACAUCACCGAUCUCAACGUAGACUCUGUCAUACAAACGUUGCCUCAUAUCAAGAAGACGCCUGAACCAGAUGAGUCACACGACUCGUUAUCUCCAGACUCAGUGAUUAACACAUGGGAGCUCAUGAACGGCCUCGAGGACGACUACUUGGAUACUUGUGAUAACGGUAACGAUCCGGUCACAGCUGAUCAGGACGUUGGUGUUAAUGUGUCUGCCCUGGAACUGGAUGACUCUUACGAGUUCGUGGGAAUUGAAGAAGAUGAUGAAGAUUGGAUCCCAUUGCCUUUAAAAUCUAAGCAGCCUCUGUGGAAACAUUUAGCUGAAGAAUCAUUUCUCUCUGAUUUAGAUCCUAACAUCAUCUCAUCCUACAAGAGAGCAUUGUCUUCAAAACAAAUAGGCAAAGACACAAGACCAACCAGUUUACCAGAACCUGUACGUUUGAGUUUAGUGAGUUCUCAGGCUUUGGAAGAGCAAGAGAAACCAAGGUUGUCUGAAGUAGAGGACGACAAGAACAAGGUAAUAUUGUACUUCACUAGCCUCAGGGGAAUACGAAAGACUUUUGAGGAUUGCUGUUAUGUAAGAACGGUCUUGAGAGGGUAUCAGGUUGCGGUAGAAGAACGUGACAUUUCAAUGGACUCAAGAUACAGAAAAGAGCUUCAGAUUGCACUAAGUGAAGAGAAACCGGUUUGUUUGCCUCAGGUGUUCAUAAGAGGUGUCCACAUUGGUGGAAUGGAGGAGAUCAAGAAACUCAAUGAUGGAGGUGAACUUGGAGAGAUGUUAAAAGGGUUUCCUGUUUGUGAAUCCGUGGGAGCUUGUGAAUGCUGCGGGGAUGCAAGGUUUGUGCCUUGUACUAGUUGUGGUGGUAGCACCAAAGUGUUUGAGGAACAAGAAGAUGGGUUUAAGAGAUGCAAUGGUUGCAAUGAGAAUGGUUUGGUACGUUGUACGAAAUGUUGUCUCUAG